GCUAAGUUCACGGGAUUGAAGACAUAUAAUAAAAAUUUAAAGACCAUGUUAGCGAUCGGUGGUUGGAACGAAGGUUCCAGUAGAUUUUCACCGAUGCUUGCCGAUCCUACCAGAAGGAAAGAGUUAGUUAAAAAUUCGAUAAAGUUUCUUAGGCAAAAUCAUUUCGACGGCCUUGAUCUCGAUUGGGAGUAUCCAGCUUUUAGAGACGGUGGAAAGCCUCAUGACAAAAAUAAUUAUGCGAAUUUUGUACAAGAACUUUACGAGGAGUUCGAAAGAGAAUCGAAAAAAACCGGAAGAGCACGACUACUUCUAUCAAUGGCCAUGCCUGCUGGCAUCGAGUACAUUGACAAAGGAUACGACGUGCCUCGUUUGAACGAGUAUCUUGAUUUCAUAAAUCUUUUAUCUUACGAUUAUCAUUCAGCUUACGAACCUGCAGUGAAUCAUCACGCUCCUCUUUAUCCUUUAGAAGAGGACAAUGAGUACAAUUAUGACAGUGAAUUAACGAUUAACUACACAAUCAAUCAUUUAAUGAAAAGUGGAGCAUCAUCGGAAAAGAUCAUAUUAGGAAUUCCAACGUAUGGUCGUUCCUAUACACUUUUUAACGAAGAUGCAACAGAUUUGGGAUCACCAGCUGAUGGUCCAGGUAUCGAAGGUGAUGAUACACGUGAAAAAGGAUAUCUUUCUUAUUAUGAAAUUUGUGAAGGUAUCACGAAUUCGGAUGAUUGGGAAGUAAUACAACCAAAUCCUAAAGCAAUGGGACCAUAUGCUUUUAAGGGUAAUCAAUGGGUAGGCUAUGACGAUGUUGACAUUGUUCGAUUAAAGGCUCGUUUUAUAAACGAAAAGAAUCUUGGUGGUAUAAUGUUCUGGUCAAUUGACAACGAUGAUUUCCGUGGGAAGUGUCAUAAUCGACCUUAUCCUUUGAUCGAGGCUGGUAAAGAGACACUCCUUAUCGAAGAUACAAACGUAGCUCAAAAGCCAAAGUCAUCGGAGUCGCGCAAAAAAUUGCGUGGUCAAGGUACACCCAAUAAUUCUAUACGUCGAAAAGUGAAUUCGAACGUUAGAAGAAGUACAACUUCAGCGCCUGUGACAAGAAAACAAGUGACCACCUCUAGGACAAAGUAUCGUACAAUCGCACGAACGAGAUUCAGUGAGGAGGAAGAAGAUCGAGAAGUCGAAAGACGAUCUUACGAUCCAUCUUCUAUCGAAGAGAAAAACGAAAGUGGUAAUGCUGUGAGAAGUUCGGAUAAAAAUAAAAGAAAAAGAUCACGGAACAGAAGCAAUAAUCGAAAUCGGUCGUCCACUGGUAGACGUAGGAAACCAAUAAGAAACGAUGAAAACGAUGAAAACGAUAGAGAUUCAACGACGGUCGGAGAAUCUCUAAGCAAUAAAUUGACCACACCCGAACCACCAACUACUCCUGAUCCUGGAACUGAUUUUAAAUGCGAAGACGAAGGAUUCUACCCACAUCCACGUGAAUGCAAAAAAUAUUUCUGGUGUCUCGAUAGUGGUCCUGGAGGUUUGGGAUUAGUCGUUUAUCAAUUCACUUGUCCAGCAGGUCUAGUAUUCAACAAAGCUGCCGAUUCCUGUGACUAUCCACGUAAUGUGGUUUGUCCUAAAGCUAAAACACCGCAAACGACAACAAGAGCACCGAUCACAGCAGCCACCAGUCGUACUACUUAUUUACAUAGUACAACGCAACGUACAACAACGGCUAAAUCCGAUUCCGAAGAGGAGGAAGAAUAUUACGACGAUGAAGAAGAAUUGGAGGAUUUAGAUGACGAAGAGGAAGAGGAAGAGGAAGAGGAAGAAAAAGUAGAAUUCAAAAUUACUUCGACCAUGAAGCCAUUACAAUAUAAAACCAUUAAUAGAAAUAAACCCAGUACAGCAAGUAAGACCACCAGUACAACGUCAAAGCCAGAGAAAGAAGAAGAGUAUAAGAACAGUGAUCCUACAGAUGAAGAAGAUCCUAGAGUAAUCAAGGAAUUAAUCAAUCUUAUUAGGAAAGCAGGUGAAAUUCUAUUCUAUUGAGAAUAUGAUCAUAAUAGUAUAAAGUAUUAAUAAUAAAUAAAAUAAUUAUUUUAUAUGAUAGGUGGUAUCGAAGAACUUGAGAAACAACUACACCUUCAAGAAAAAGGUUCAAGUGCCACCUCGAAUAACGAUCCUGUUACCCCAGCUACGAUCAGUCGUACUUUAUACGAACGUGUUUUAAACCGACAGGCUAGCAAAAUAAUUAACAGCAAUGUUUCGGGAUCUUCUGAGAAAAAUAAUUACAAAAAUGGACCUGGAAGGGCCCAGUUUGAAGGUUUGGAUGAAAUUCCCGAGGUGAAGAAUCUCAGGCGGAUUCAAAAACCACAAUAUGUUACGAUCGAAAGACCAAAAGCAUCGACGAAUGCACCACAAUUAGAGGAUGAAGAAACUGAUGAUGAUGACGAAUUGGAGGAUUAUAAUGUAAAUGUAGCUUCCUCUGAAGAUGAAACUAUCAGCAAUCCAUCAGAAAUUAGUACCUCGACACAAAGAGUAACGCCAAAUUAUGUAAAUAUUCGACGCAAUCGAUUUUCUACAACUACAUCCAAAAAUGAAAAUGACGUGGAAGAGAAAGCUGAUGAUGCGGAAGAGGAAACUCCAAUUCGCCGACGACGUCCUAGCGGAUCAACCAAAAAUCAGGAUAAAGAAUCUGAACAUGUUUCAAAACCAUUCCGCACUCGUACGAGGUACAGGAACACGGAAAGUAACAAAAGCACUGAGGAAUCAUCAGGAGAAACGGACUCAGAGGAGAAGCCAAUUCAAGGAACUCGACAAACGGAUCAUGAAAUUAACACGGCAACGACGAAAUCUAGGUAUAUCAACAUACAACGUUUCCGAAGCACAACUCAGAAAAUUUCUGUCAGUGACAGCGAUAUUUCUGAAGUCGAUGAAAUAACGACAGAGACAUCCACUAUUAAAAAUAAAAUCGAUAGAGAGGAAGAAGUUACGACGACUUCUACGACUCCUCCAACAUUUCCCACGAUAUCAUCAACAACGCCAUCAACCUCGAUACAGUCUACCUUGUCCUCCGUAUCCGUGACACCCAUUUAUUUAUCAUCAUCAACGAGUAGGAGUACAAGUAAUGAAGCUACUACCAUCAAGUUAGAUCGUGUCGAAGACACAUCGAUAGCGAACGUUCUUAAUGACAACAAUAAUUUGUUGUCGUCAACGACUACGGAUUCUCCUGUGAAACUCGUCGAAGAAUCAGCUACGGAAAUCCUUUUCACGACAGCACCAGCGAGUCCAAGUCCAGCCAGCACAUCAUUAUUGACUACAGCCAGGAUAGUAGCUACGGUUUCGCAGCCACGACCAUUUGGAUUUACUCGGAGAAGAUCCGGUAGUCUGACACCUGACGUAACAACGACGCCAUUAGCGCCAUCGAGCGAUCAUUCUAGGUCCAAGGUGAGUAUAACGUCGCGAAAUUCAACGCGAUCGAGCUCGUUUCUGGUAGGAAGAGGUCGAUUAAGAUCAAGAACGGAUACGACCACUCGUCUUUCCGUCAAUAAACGGAUUACCGAGCAAGACCAACUCGAAAAUCCACCGACGUCCGAGGAAACGUUCAUCAAACCGAGAGAAACUACGGUCAAUAAGUCAAGACCUAGUAAUAAACGUAGAGGAAUCAAUAGAUACAUUUCAUCUACGAAUAGUCCUAUAAACGAAGACAUAUCUAAGAACACUAUAUCCCGAAGACGAAGUCGUACAACAGAGUCCCCAAGUACUACCACCAAAACCAUCACUGAGAGUUCUGGCCCAAGAAGAAGGUAUCGCCGACCUUCCAUACAAUCAACUACAGAAACUACAAAAUCAAACGAACUUGAAGACAGUCCGAUCGUUAGAAUUACACAAGGAUAUACAAGCAGGAGCAAAAAGUUUAGAUCAAAAUCGGAAAUCAAUUUAGAAAAGGAUAAUAAUGAGAAAAUUACAAACAUCAGAGUUUUCAAGCAAUCACCGAAUAUAAAUAAAGAGUUAUACGGAAGAACGAGGACUACUAGCAAAAGGAAUUACGUUGAUAUCGAAGAUAUAAAUCAAAGGACUAACAACGAUACAACCAAUAUCAUAGACAAUGAUUUGGACGAGUUAUCGACGCCUACUGUAACAGAGAUCGAUGAAACUAACACAAGUGUUCAAACAGGAUCAGAAGAAUCCGAUACUAUUGCAUCCACUUACAUUACGGAAUCCACAACAGAUAGUAAUACUGUCUCUACAGACAGUAAUGUUUCUUACGAGACUAGUGAGAAUCCAGAAGAGAUUUCUACUACUGAAAAUAUUCCCAUGGAAUCGAUUUCUCCGUUUUACAAAAACACAGAAAUUAUACAAAGCGAAACUAAUAUUGAUACGGUCGAUUCAACGGAAAGAAAACUUACGAAUCAAAGAAGAAAAAAGGUUAUUCUUAGAAGAAGGCCUGUAACAGCUAGCAUUAACACUUCGACGACGAUACAAAUUGAAGAAAACAACAAAUAUCAAGUAAAUCGUAGACGAAAAGUAUUGAAACGUGUACGAUUAAUAGAGGGGAAAUCUUCGACAGCCUCCUUCGAGAGUUCUUCUUCUCAAGAAGAAGAACAAAGUACGUUGGGUUCGACAACGUCCUCCGAGAUGACAAUCUCCAAAUCAGACAAUACGAGUGAUCACGUACCAACAGAAUUAAAAUUAGAAAAAUUACAAGAAUCAGAUAAUGUAACUGAAAAUAUUUCAACGUUUGCUACCGAGUUUCCAAACGUAAUUGAUUAUACUCUGAACAAUCAUUCAACAGACAGUAAUCUAGAAACGUCAACAAUGACAACAGAAAGUACAAAAGACGAUAGUUUUGUUUCAGAUCUAACAACAAUGCAGACAAUUAUAAUCGAUGGAGCAAUUACAGAAGCUUUGACAUCGUUAAUAACCGAGUCUACACUUUCUGAAAACGAAGAUCUUUAUUCGACUGUAAUUACUACGGAACCAACGAUAACACCACCAACUACUUACACAGAGAAUACAUUCGAUCCAGAAGAAACUCGUUUAUCUACCGAAAAUGUUACUACCAGUAUUCAAACAAUCACGCCUUCACAUCACGCCUUCACUCGACACAUCGAUGAGUCCCAAAUCCACAGCAAAUCUUCCCCCUCUGAAACGAGAUACGUGCGAAAAAAAUUCAUUCGCAAACGUCCAGUAUUAUUAUCUGAAACAACAAACAGUAGAUAUGCUUUAAUCUCAAGGCCACAGAAUCGUGUGUCUUCUACGACAGAAAAGAAUGACGUUGACGUGAAUCAACUUACGAAACGUAGAAAGAGUCUGUUCAUUCGUCGUCGACCAGUUUCAUCGACAACGAAAACAACGGAAGAAUUGGAUCUCGACAUCGAAAAUCCAAAUGAAACGGAAGACGAAGGCGAACAAGAGGAUUUUAUAAAUUCUGAUGAUGUUCAAGAUACUACUGCAACAGCUAUCAUAACUAGUGCGUCUGUCGAGAAUGAAUCUUUAGAAUUUUGGAAUCAUUAUACGACACCUGCUGAAAGAACGGUGAAUCAAAGAUCUUCACCUCCAACAAAUCGAUAUAAAAACACAUAUUUAACAACCGAACCUUCUUUUACGACUUAUCCAACUUUUAUAAGAGAACAUGAAGAAUCAGAGAAAGAUGACAGUCGAAUUGCUGGUAAUAUAAAUAAGCCUCGAUAUGUAACUAUUAAUCGUAGACUGGAAUCACGACGUUCAUACAAAGUUCCAAGUUCAAUUAAAAACUUAGACAAUGUUCAAGAGGAAAAGAUACAGAAUAAUGAAAGAGCGUUAUCAACAAAACGAUGGUACCCAAUCGACGAUUCUUCGCCAGAAGAAACAGAAGAAAAUCCGAAUACUAAGGAAGCCGCCAAAUUAAGAUUUAGUGGUUAUCGUCAAGCAAGAGCACGCUAUCGAAAUUAUGAGGAGAAACUUCAAAAGGAAAGGGAGAAUAAAGAAAGGGAUACUACAUCUUCAUACUUUGAAUUUUCACCAUCGACCUUAAGAUCACGUUAUCAAACCAAACGUCCGAUAACGCCAAUAGAAAUUCCUGUCACGGAAACGCUUAUACCUGCAAAAAAAUUCGAUUAUGCAGCCGAUGCUUUUCAUAGGAAACAACAAUCUUUACGAACGACAACUCCGCAACAACAAGAAGUUGAUACCACUGGAUAUCAAAACGAAGAGAAUUCUGAGUUACAGAAUCUCGUUGAUUCUGAUCGAACGACAACGCCGUCUAAUAAACCAUUGGUCACCAGAUUGGUCACUUCGAUCGCAGAAUCUGGCACUACUGAAAGACAAAAGAUUCUAAUCAAAACAAAAUACUCGUCGUUGACAUCGACGACGAGAAUACCUGUACAAAAUGUGAUCACACGAAAUGAUUACCCUUCGACGACACCCUCGUUAAAAAAAUUCAUUGAUUCUACGAACAACAAUCAAGCAGCGACGACUCUCGAUGAGUCCAUCAACGAGAUUCGUCCUGCGAUUGAAGCAUCGACUCUUCCAAUAGAGAGUGAAUUCGUUUAUCGUAACAACGGACGAUUCACCACUGAAUCUCACGAAUCAUCUACCAUUCCGAUUGAAUCGGUUGCCAACUCGGAUACACCAAGGCUACCAACCUUAAAGGAGCUCAUUGGUUAUCAAACAUACGAUUAUACAACACCAUCUUCGGUAUUCUUAAAUUUACUUCAUACUAUCGAUAGUAAUGAAGUAUAUGAUCUGCAAAGCAUCGAAAAUGAUCAAAUUAAAUCCAAUAUGGAAACAAUCAAGACAAAAUAUCUAAAUGAAGAUAUUAACGAAACUAUUGAUAAAACUAACGAGAGUUACCUUAAUCACAAACUCGCUAACAUUUUUGAGGAACAUGAUACGGAGAACAAUGAUAUAGAUAAUAAAUCUUCGACAAGCAAAAAAAGAAAAACUAGAAUAGAUCAUGCUGGUUCCUCAACGACUACUUUAAAACCUACUACAAUGCGUGGUACUCCUAUCAUAAGUUCAACUUCGAAAACGAUACCUCGAGGCUUUUAUGUGACUAAAGGUGAUAUCGAAAUGACUACGACAAUGCAUCCAAUAACGGAAAUUUCAAUGGAUAAUAUUGAUUCAAAUAUAACAUAUAAUGAGACGAUUGUAUCGACUGAGGUAAUUGACGCAGAAAAUAUCUCUAUGACUGAUUUAUCUAAAGAUAAUGAGACUACAGAUAUGACAACAUUUGCUGAUACGGAUAAAGAAUAUUCAGAGUAUUCGAAUAUUAUUACCAAAUUUGAACAAACAACACCGUUAACAAUGACAGAAAAUAUCACUCAGGAAUUAAAACAAAACGAUCAGAUUCUACCUCAGACGAGUUUGAUAACAGAGACAACAGUUUCCAAUAUUUUGAAAACUACUGAAAUUAAUAAAAAUUCUGAGACAAAUACAACAUCAAUUAAUUACACCUUACCAAUCGAUUCUGUUAAUACAGAAUUUGACAUUACGAUGCGAUCAACGAUAAGCACUUUAGAUACGGAUACAUCUAAACUUCCAAAUGAUGGAAGUCUAAAGAAAGAUAUAAUUCAACUUGAAAAUUUCUCAACAACUAUAUCGAAUAUACCGUCGGCGAAAGUAACAAACGAUCAAAGUAAUAUCCACUAUAUCGUUUCCGGUAAGACUAACGAGUUUGUAAGCACUGAUCAUACUUUAGAACAAGAAACGACAACUAUAAAAUCCAGUUUAACAACAGCAAACUUCAAAAGAACUUUAGAAGGGAUCACAGCGGACAGGGAAAGAGAUGGAAUAAAAAUGACUAACAUCGAAACAACCACGAUGAUUGCAGAAAAUAAAAAUGCUAUCUUAAAUGACUUCGAUACAGUGACAACUCGAGAAGAACUUAGAGAUACUACUGUCGAUGAUAAAAACGUUUAUAAAUCCAAUCCAAAUUUCCAAAAAGUAACGACCUUAUCCGAGAGUACAGAAGUUCCUUUCACGACCUUAUCAAACCUACUACCUUCACAAAUUCCUUUAACUAUUCAGAGUAGGCAAGAAGAGAACAUUCAUCCUCGACGACGAAGACCUACAAUAUUCGCUCUUAAUAACCAAUUUGGUCAAAGAAGAAGACCGAAUUUAGAACGCCGAGUGACGCAACAAUACGAAAUCGGAGAUCAACCAUCGAUUCGAGAAGAUUUGAACAGUCCUAAACGUGUGCUGGUAUACCGAAAGAGGCAACGUAGACCCAACAACACCACAGUGGCAAACAAUACGGUCUCCAACGACGAGGUUAAAACUGAAGUGACCAAGAACAAAACUAGAAGAUCAAAAUUGGUUAUCAAGAGGCUGAAAAUCAAUCGAAAGGAAUACGUGGAAGAAGAUAGUGUACCAUUGGAAAAGACAAAUAUCUUUCAGGAUUCUCCUCUGGUCACGGAGUAUACUGAAAGACCCGUGGACGAGGGAACUAUUUCGAAGAGCACGGGAUCAUCUUCUAGCCGGACGCCAGGAACUAUUCUGGCAAACAGAAUAAGAAAACCAAACACGUCCUCGCAGUCAAGUUUCUUAUCAACGAGCAAACAUCCGGGCACGGUACUACUAGGGGACAAUCGAAAGAGUCGACCUAGUGAUGAGACCACCUUGUCACCGACGACAACGAUAGUCGACGCGUUCGAUGAUCCAACCGUGAAGCCGGAACUGUUGUCCAUUAAGGACGAAGAUGAAAGGGCAGAGAUAAGCGAUCAAAAUGGCAGAGCUCAAGAGCUCGCCGUCACUCUGGCAGAACCGCCUACGUCACAGUCUUCAUCCAGCACCGGUCGACUGCCGUUAAAGGAUACCUUAAGACGCAGGAUAAGCACGACGGUAGCGCCGCGAACAGAUUCGCCGAGAACUAGUCCGACGUCCUUGAGAUUCAGCACAAUCCCGAAGACACGACAAAAAGUGACGACGAAGACGACAACAUCAAGGACGACAACAAGGACAAGGAAGGAUGGAACAUCACGAAAUUCAACGAAUAGGCCAAGGAGGCCACCUAUAAUAGAUUAUGAUUACUACGAGGACGAGGAUACACCGAUCGUUGAAAAAGCAAUGUACAAUGGGAAACUAUUUCUCACGAGUAAUGGUACCAUACGAUGUCUCGAUCAAGGCAACUUUCCGCAUCCUUCUUCUUGCAAGAAAUUCAUUACCUGCGCAAAAAUGGUGAAUGGUUUGAUAAUCGGAGCGGAAUACACGUGUCCUGACAAAUUAUCCUUCGAUCCGGUCGGUGGUAUUUGUAAUUGGUCCGCCGGACUCGGUUGUAAAGAAUAAAAGAGCGAUACUAUUUCAAACGACCGUACUCGCGGGACUAACAAUAAACGGAAUACUUUUCCGUCUAUACGUCAGAGCCGUUUUCUCGAGAGAGCGCGCGGCAAUUUUCAAAUUGUAAAAGAAUGUUUUUCUUUUUUUUUUUUUUUUCGUCUCAAAAUCGUCUAUCACACACAAUACACGCAUACACACAAAACAUACACAUACAUACACAUACACACACACACACACAUACGGAACGAAUCAUUUUUAUAAUAGAUAUAUCGUGCGUUAUCCUACGUAGCCAUAGUUACAUAAGUGACGACGAAGAAUGGUGAUAUUACAGUUAUAGAAUCUCUCGCUCUUUUGUAAAUAUUAUAAUAUUUUAGUGUAAAUAGCGUGGGAUAUAAAAGAUUUUUAGUAUGACGUCGUGUGUAACGAUGAAAUAACUUAUAUGUGUAUGUAGCAUUGUGCAGCUGUUAGCCAAGUAAGUCUUCUAUUUCUGUAUAAAAAAAAAAAAAAA